CAUUUGAUAUGAGGGAAACUCUGAGACGGCCCACGUUGGGGCCACGUGAGUCUGUAUUUCUUUUCUUUUUAUAUAUAUAUUGCCUUUUCCGGAUAAUGGUCAUGUCUUGUGACUUGAUGCGAUUACAUUACUUAUCUUUUCCUUGAAAUUAUGCCUUAUACAAUAUAAUCAUAAUCACACUGUUCUCAUAAUUAUCUACAUAUAAAUUUAUAUGCCAUGGCCCUAGAUGCCUCGCCCUACCGGGAUGUGUGGGUUUACAAGCUCAUAAUUUUCUAACAAUCCAUCAAAACAGAUUGUGGGGAAACCAAUUAUGGUAUGUUCAUCGACAAGUGAAACUAAUGACCAUACCUAACUCUACUUUAACGCCAGUCUUUUUUAUUUGAAGGAAUUAUAAUUUACAUUUGUUUAAAUAAACAAAAUUAUAUAAUUAGUAAGACUCAACAAGGAAAAAUAAACAAACGUCCAAAACAAGGAAAGAAAAAACAAGCACAUCUCGAUUCAUGUUCCUAUGCUUGGCUGAGUUGUUGGCCCAUCUCAUCAAAACGUCAUCUUAAUACGUAAUACAUGCAACGACCUAAACUUAAUUAGCUCAAGCGAUGGAUAUUAGCGUCUGUUAUACGUUGGUAGAAAAACAACUUGCGUUAAAUCCACGAAAUGUUAUGAAAGUAUUUACCCAAAUUUCAGUUCCAUUUAUGUUUUUUUUUAUAUAACAUGUCUUCUUUUCAGUUUAACAAAUGAUAACAUGUUACGAUGUGUUCACUAUAUAUUCAACACUAAUCAGUCUAAUCACCAAAAACAUUUAAGAAAGCAAGAAAAUCAUUUAAAGGCAUGGAGAUUCACGGAGUUUUAGUGGCUAGUCCAGGCAUGGGCCACGCAGUGCCCAUCUUAGAACUUGGCAAACGUCUCUUGAGCCACCACGGUUUCAACCGUGUUACUGUGUUCCCAGUCACAGACGAUGUCCCACGCUCAAAAUCCCUAAUUGGUAAAACGCUAACGGAAGAAGAUCCUAACUUCGUGAUCAGGUUUAUUCAGCUAGACGUUUCGGGCCAAGAUCUCACCGGUUCACUUUUAACUAAACUAGCAGAGAUGAUGAGGAUGGCAAUACCACAGAUCAGGUCUGCGGUCAUGGAGUUAGAGCCAAAGCCUAGUGUUUUCGUUGUUGACUUGUUGGGCACGGAAGCUUUAGCUGUGGCUAAGGAGCUUGAGAUUGCAAAGAAACAUGUUCUUGUUACUACCAGUGCUUGGUUUCUAGCUCUAACCGUUUACAUGGCGAGUCUUGACAAAGGGACGUUGUUUAAGCAUCUGAGCAGCUACGGAGCUUUGCUUAUACCGGGAUGCACCCCGGUUAAGUUUGACCGGGUUCAAGAUCCGAGUGGUUACGUCCGGGAACUCGCUGAGUCUCAGAGAAUCGGGCUUGAGGUAGUAACAGCAGAUGGGGUGUUUGUGAACACGUGUCAUAGUUUGGAGCCAGUGACGAUCAGGUCUUUCUUGGAUCACAAGAAUCUCGGUUUGGUUAUGAAUGGAGUCCCGGUUUACCCUGUUGGACCGCUGGUUAGACCAGCGGAACCGGAUUUGAAGCAUGAGGUGCUGGACUGGCUUGACUUGCAACCCAAGGGAUCUGUUGUUUAUGUUUCUUUCGGAAGCGGUGGAGCGCUAACAGCCGAGCAGACAAUGGAGCUGGCUUACGGUUUGGAGUUAACCGGGUUUAGGUUUGUUUGGGUGGUCAGACCACCCGCUGAACACGACCCGUCUGCGUCAAUGUUUGACAAAGGCACAAACCAGACAGAACCAAUAGACUUCUUACCUUACGGGUUUUUAGACCGGACCAAGGAUAUAGGUUUGGUGGUCAAGACAUGGGCCCCGCAAGAGGAGAUUCUUGCACAUGAAGCAACGGGAGGGUUUGUGAGUCACUGUGGAUGGAACUCUGUUUUGGAGAGUAUAGUGAACGGUGUGCCGAUGGUAGCUUGGCCUUUGUACUCAGAGCAGAAGAUGAACGCGUGGCUGGUCUCAGAGGAGCUGAAGAUCGCUGCUAGGGUUGAUGCUGGGAAUGGAGUUGUGAAGAAAGAAGAGAUAGUUGAGAUGGUGAAGCGAGUGAUGGAUGAAGAAGAAGGCAGAGAGAUGAGGGAGAAUGUUAAGGAACUGAAGAAGAAGACAGCAGAGGAAGCUGUCAAGAAUCUCUCAACGCCUCAGGCUGCUUACUUCACUCAAUACUAAUAAGAAAAGAAAAUAACAAUUUUUUAUAAAAAAAAGCAAUAAACGUAAUAUUUCUAUAUGAGCCAAGAAGAUACAUUAACUGAGAAUCUUGUAGACAUGUGUUCAAAAAACAUGGCCUUUUAUUUUUUGAAUGUCUGAAAUUAAGGCAAAUAAUCUUUGUCUGAAUAGAGAAGUGACAACAUCUAAUGAAUAGACAUCAGGGAGGGAUUCAGACCAAUACACUUACAGGUUCGGUAGCUUUCUCGAGCCAUUCCAUUUCGGUCUGGUGCAACAAAUGAUCCACAUUAAUGCUAAAAUAUCUUGUUUUUCAGUUUUCAUCAAUAUUUUU